AUGGCAUUUCGCACCGCGGUUACAUGGGAUACAGCAGAGAGCAACGAUGCGGCCUUGCAACGGCCGUCCCCCCCAGUGACUCAAGAUGCGACCGGAUCUAAGGGUCCUACUGCAAUGGUGUUUAUGAACAUGGGUGGACCGUCAACAACAGAUCAAGUGGAGGACUUUUUGAGCAGACUAUUCUCAGAUGGUGAUCUUAUCCCCCUUGGCCGACUCCAAUCAUACAUUGGGCCCCUUCUCGCACGUCGACGAACCCCCAAGAUCCAAAAGCAGUACGCGGAUAUCGGUGGCGGCUCGCCCAUUCGCAAAUGGUCAGAAUAUCAAUGCGAGGAGAUGUGUAAGCUUUUGGACAAGAUUUCACCGGAAACUGCUCCCCACAAGCCCUACGUCGCAUUCCGCUAUGCCGCUCCCUUGACGGAGACCAUGUACAACCAGUUGCUUGAGGAUGGAUUUGGCAAUGGCAAGGGAGGCCGUGCUGUCGCUUUCACUCAGUACCCACAAUACUCCUGCUCCACCACUGGUAGCUCGUUGAAUGAGCUUUGGAAAUGGCGGACUCGAUUGGAGGGGAAGCGCGCUAAUGGUGAAGUGGACCCGACUGGUGCAAUCCAAUGGAGUGUAAUUGACCGAUGGCCGACUCACUCUGGAUUGGUUGAGGCAUUUGCGCAAAAUAUCGAGGCUCAGUUGAAGACAUACCCCGAGGAGAAGCGGGAUCAGGUCGUUCUACUAUUCUCUGCGCACAGUUUGCCCAUGAGCGUCGUCAACCGAGGUGAUCCAUACCCUGCAGAGGUAGCUGCUACUGUUCACGCCGUGAUGCAGCGACUCAAGUUCAAGAACCCUUACCGUCUGUGCUGGCAAUCCCAGGUCGGCCCAUCUGCCUGGUUGGGUGCACAGACACAAGAUACUGUGAUGGAGUACGUGAAGCGGGGCCAGUCUGAUCUGAUCCUGGUCCCCAUUGCUUUUACCAGUGACCACAUUGAGACCCUGUACGAGCUGGAUCUCGAGGUCAUGGAAGAGGCCAACAGCCCAGGUGUCAAGCGCGCCGAAAGUCUGAAUGGCAACCCAACCUUCAUUCAGGCUCUGGCUGACGUGGCACAUGCGCAUUUGCAGAAGGGAGAGCCCUGCUCCCCCCCAAAUGACCCUGCGUUGCCAGGGAUGUCGUAG